GGUCCAUUCUUUCUUAGUUCAUUUGACUUUUCGUCUCAUGCGUUCCGCUUCCUGCUUUGCCCUGUGUUCGACCAGUGCGUAUGCUUACGCGUGUUUCUGCCUUUCUGACACCGGCUUGAAGGCAGGGUAGUACCCUUUUCCACGUCUGAAGAUUUCUGGAAUAUUGAUUCGCGGUUCCUCUAUGAUCUUCCAAGGCGCGUUAUCGGACCGAUUCGUUUGUACUAAUAGAAGCAAGACAUGGCAGAUCCAAACAAGCCUUCACGGAAGACAUCUAGGGCAGGUGAAAGCUUGUAUCGGAUUCUAGGCCUAGAAAAAGGAGCCUCAUCAGAAGAAAUAAAAAAGGCCUACAGAAAACUUGCACUGAGGUAUCACCCGGACAAAAACCCAGACAACCCUGAAGCAGCAGACAAAUUUAAGGAAAUCAAUAAUGCUAAUUCCAUCCUCAACGAUGAGAACAAAAGGAAAAUAUAUGAUGAAUAUGGUUCCAUGGGACUUUAUGUAGCAGAUCAGUUUGGAGAAGAAAGCGUCAAAUAUUACUUUUUGAUGUCAAAAUGGUGGUUCAAGGUUCUUGCACUAUGCUGUGGAAUCUCAACCUGUUGCUGCUGUUGCUGCUGCUGCUGUUUCUGCUGUGGGAAAUGCAAACCAGAAGAGGAAGAUGAAAACUACCAGUAUGUUGACCCUGAAGACUUGGAGGCUCAGAUUCGUGCAGAAGAAGAUGGAGGUGAAACCAUUAUAAUUGCACAGCCUAUUCCUUCUUCAGCCUCUGAAAAAUCUGAAGUUCAACAAGAGUCACAAUGAGUUGUGGUGGAGUCCCAAUUAUGAUCCAGCCAACGUCUGCUGCCAACGAGUCUAGCCAGCUCUUUGAUGACUUAAAAACUAACUAUAAAACAACUAAGUAAAAAGAGUGGAGUGUUGCCAAGCCAUCAUGGAAAUUCAAUCACGGAAUUGAAGUGCACGAAACCAGUACAUGUAUAUGUUACCAGCAUAUAUUGUAGUUGCCAUUAUGUUAGUAAAUUUAUAUUGGUGAUUUAAAAAUUUACUGUCAUUAUUUAAAAGUUUUUUGUUUUUUUAUAUACUUCAGAAAUGUUUACGUAUAAAAGGAAUGGACAUUUAACUUGCCAGUUGUUUUACCUGAUGUUAUUUUUUUCAUCUCCCACAGGGUUAUAGUCAGAAGUGAUUGCUUGUUGCAUGUGGGCAAACUAGUAGUAAACACUGGUGACACACUGAAUACACAGCAAGUGAUUUUUAUACAGUUGGUUUAAAAAACAAGUUAGGUGAGCUAAAAAGUCUUGACCUCAUUCUUUUAUUUCCGUGUACAGCAACAGUAGCAUAUGCAUGCCACUGUGACAUAUAUCCAUCCAUCCUAAGUGUAAAUCUAUGCAUUUUACACGGUGUUUUUUUCCAGAUUCACAAUAGUAUAAAAAUGCAUAAAUUGCUGACUAAUCCUGCUCAUGUGCAUAACUGUGUUAUUAGUCAAGACCACUGAGCUGAAUUCUGUUAUCAGUAUAUCACCUGUCUGAAUAGCCCUUAUAAAACUGGUGCAUUACCCCAGAAACCCCAGUUGCCAUAAAAUGCUGAUUUUUUUUUUUCUGUAAUAAAUGUAUAAACCUCUAGAUUUAGUACAUUUUUAUAAAUUACACAAAAAACUUGAAGACCAUUUGUUAUUGAAACCGGGAAUGGACAUUUGUCAUUUACAGCAUGUAAUGAACCCUGUCAUACCAGCAGUCUUCCAUAUAUUAUUUUAACAGGAUGUUUUUCUGCGCAGUCAGCAUUUGUUUGUCACUUUGUCAAAUGUUUGAUCUGUAUUUAUUUAUAGUACUGGAAGAGAAAUUUCCUUUGCUAAACACAUUUAAGGUUGUGACUAAUUUCUGCUGAACACUAUGUCUUUGUGAUACAACUUGUUUAGGCUGCUUGAUUAUUUUUGUACUGUAUUCUUUUCUUUUCUCCUGCAGUUUCAUAAAACACAAAUGAUAUAAAGAAUACAUAUUUUAUUUGAAGAUAAGUAUAAACUCUGAACCAUAUUUAUUAGGCAAGGCUUUAAUUUUUGUGUGUUUAAAAUUAAAUUUUAAUGUAUUUAUAAAGUCUUUAACACACGUUAAAUUAGAAUUUGAUUAAUUAAUGCUGCUGUCCUGUUCGUACUGUAUUGCCAUGUGCAAGGGAGCUGCUUCUCUGCAGUUCACACUUUUUAAUGAAAAGUCAUCAAGCAAUACUUUAAGAGGCCCUUUUUAGUUGCUUAGUAAGAAAAAAAAUCUAACUUGACUUGUGGAAUAUUUAGAUAGUUUUUUCAAAGCGGCUGGAAAAAGACUAUCAUGUACAAGAAGAGAUUUUUCUCAUAUGUUUCUGUUUGGAUGCAGAGGGCUCAACAAUGCAGGACUUGUAAACCAUCAUGUCAAUAUGGAUCGUUAAGCAAUUACAUAACAAGAAGAAAGUAAUUUCAGUGCUUUACAAAUUUUGAUAUUACACAAAUAUUACUCUAUAACAACGUAAUACAUAUUUAGUCUUGAUAGGUUGAUCCUUCAUUUCUUUUUUUGUUUAGUUUAUUGCUGAUGAUCACUGUACCAGGUUAACUCUAUAGGUCAUAAUAGUACAUACCACAGAUGUUUAUGUAGCUGAAUUUAUGCUACAGUUAAUUGACUGGGUACAGAAAAAUAAUUUUUAUUGUAUGCAAUGUUUCUUCUGGAAUUUUCAAGGAAGAGUAUAUGGGAUUAAUUGUGGUUCCAAUUUUCAUUUUCUGUGUUUACUGGAGUACUUUUGUAUAAUUCUGUAAUUCUGUAGUGAAUAACAGUUUUAGAACAAAAAUAAAAAGUUAAUAUUAGAUUUCACAGGCAGAAAUCUGAAAUAAAACUGCAUACUUCUGUGUAAAUUGCCUUUAUCAUUUUUACAUAACUGUAAUUUAGCCUGUUAGUUAUUAAUUUAAUAUCUCGCAGAAAAUGAAUAUUGGCACUUUAUGAUUUAAUAGAGGAAAAUUUUAAUUGCUUUAUUGGUAAAGGAAAGUUUGGAAAUUAAAGCUUUUCAUUUAUUAGACUCUGACUACUUUUCCUGUUUCCCAGCAUUAGACAGUCUUUAAAUUCAUUUAAAUUUUCUUUGCUAAGUGGAUGUAGGUUUUUCUGUUUUAUAUUUCAUGACCAAAGCACCUACCUUUGUGUGUUUAAGUAAACCACUUGAUUCACUUUAUUACUUAAUCUUUUAUGAUUGUCAAGGCAGUAGCCACUUUUAAGGAAGCAAUGUGGUCAAUUGUAAAUAUGCAGGAUUGAUAUUAAGCUUGACAUAGGGAUAUGGAGUACUUUUUAGCAGAUUUCCACAGGUUAGGCAUUUUUUAUGAAAAAAUUUGUUUUAAUAGUGUUUUUCUUUUUCGAUUGGGUAAUUAUCUUCAACUUUUAAUCAUUCAGUCUGUUAAUAUGCCCUAAUACAUUGGGAAACAUUUUAUUGCUUCUGCUUAAAGGAAAUAAAAUUGUUCA